CUAUCAGAGCAGUGAAUCUCCUUCCAACUGGCCACAUUAUUUUUCUCUUUGACGUUAACUAGGAACUGUGUAUGAAAGGAUAUAUUGAGUCUAUACAUACAUACAGCUCUCUCUCACUCUCUCACACACACACACACAAUUUUUCUUCCUUUCUCUCUCUAAAAGUAUGACAGGUAGAUCAUAAUUGCAUGGAAAAUGGCCUUCUUCCCCGCCAAUUUUAUGCUACAAACUCGUAAUGAAGAUGAACAUCAACCCUCCACUUCUCUCAAUCCAAUUCUUCCCCAUUGCAACCCUCAAGAAUUUCAUGGUGUGGUUUCACUUGAGGGGAAGAGAUCGUCGAUGUUUCCCGAUGUUUGUGAAGAAAAUCAUGGGGAAGACUAUAUGUCGGACGAUGGAUUACAAGUGGGAGAGAAGAAGAGAAGGCUUAACAUGGAUCAAGUGAAGACACUUGAGAAGAACUUCGAGUUGGGGAAUAAGCUCGAGCCCGAGAGGAAAAUGCAGCUGGCUCGGGCUUUGGGCCUGCAACCGAGACAGAUUGCGAUUUGGUUUCAAAACAGGAGAGCAAGGUGGAAGACAAAGCAAUUGGAGAAAGAUUAUGAAGUUCUUAAGAGACAAUUUGAAGCUGUUAAAACAGAUAAUGAUUCCCUUCAAGCACAGAAUCAGAAACUUCAAGCUGAGAUAAUGGCACUGAAGAAGAGGGAACCAACGGAGUUGAUCAAUCUGAACAAAGAAAUGGAAGGUUCUUGCAGUAACAGAAGUGAAAACAGUUGUGAUAUUAAGCUAGACAUAUCAAGAACACCAGCAAAUGGCAGCCCUUUAUCUACACACCCCUCAACCAGACCCCUCUUUGCACCUUCCAUGAGGCCUAAUGGUGCGGCACAACUUUUCCAGGCGUCGUGUAGACCCGCUAUUCAGUGCCAGAAACCGGAACAAACUGUGAAAGACGAAAGCUUCUGUAGUAUGUUAUGUGGCAUGGACGAUCAAACCGGAUUCUGGCCAUGGCUAGACCAACAGCAUUUCAGUUAAUCUGAAACUCCUAAUGGCCUUAUAAAUAAGUAUAAUUGAUAUGUGGAUUUAAUUAUGAUAUUUUACGAGUUAAUUUGAAUUCUUGAUUUUGAUUUUUAGGCUGGUAUACAAAUGAAGGUGUAUUGACCAUCUCUGCAUUACAUGUUACACCCACGUUUUCUGCAAAAUUAUGUUAAUCAUGGUGAUGUCCCUAAUUCCUAUGAUUGUGUGAAAGAAAACUGAAUUAAUGCUUUCAAA